AUGUCGGAAAGCGAUUCAGGAAGUGAUCACGAAGGAAAUCGACGGUAUCGUGAUAGAAGUCACAGUUCAAGUAGAAGCCAUUCGCCAUGUGGAUCUGAGGCUGAAGAAAAUAAUCAGGAAGAAGAAGUUGCUGAUGAACAAGAACCAGAAGGCGAGAAUUUAAAUUCUGAUGAUGAGUAUGAUGAAGAAGAUGACCGUCCGUCCAAGAAAAAAAAGAAAAAUGAACGCUUUGGUGGUUUUAUCAUUGAUGAAGCUGAUGUAGAUGAUGAAAUAGAAGAAGAUGAUGAUUGGGAAGAUGGAGCGGGCGAGUAUGGUAUUGUUGCUAAUGAGAUUGAUGAAUUAGGACCAACUGCAAGAGAAAUUGAAGGACGCAGACGUGGAACUAACCUUUGGGACAAUCAAGAUGAAGAGGAAAUUGAAGAAUACUUGCGUAAUAGAUAUGCAGAUUCUUCAACUACAAUAAACCAAUUUGGAGAUGCUGGAGAUGAACUUUCAGAUGAAAUUAUGCAACAAACUCUUUUACCUGGUGUCAAGGACCCAAAUUUAUGGAUGGUCAAAUGUCGUAUUGGUGAUGAAAAAAAUACUGCUAUACUUUUAAUGCGGAAAUUUAUUGCAUACCAGUUUACCGACGAUCCAUUGAAAAUCAAAUCUAUUGUUUCUCCUGAAGGUCUUAAGGGGUAUAUAUACGUUGAAUCGUACAAACAAACUCAUGUAAAAUCAGCCAUUGAAAAUGUAAGCAGUCUUAAAUAUGGAUUUUGGAAACAACAAAUGGUCCCUAUCAAAGAAAUGACUGAUGUUUUAAAAGUUGUUAAAGUACAAACAAGUUUGAAAUCUAAACAAUGGGUUAGAUUAAAAAAAGGUUUAUACAAAGAUGACAUUGCUCAAAUAGAUUAUGUGGACUUGGCACAAAAUCAAGUACAUUUGAAAUUAUUACCAAGGAUUGAUUAUACUAGACUACGUGGCGCUCUCAGAGUAUCAAUGGAUCCAGAAGCUUUGAAAAGAAAGAAAAAGAGGCGUGUAUCAGCCAAACCGUUUGAUCUAGAAGCUAUCAAAGCUAUUGGCGGUGAAGUUACCAGUGAUGGUGAUUUUUUAAUAUUUGAAGGAAAUCGAUACAGCCAUAAAGGAUUCUUAUACAAAAACUUUUACAUAAAUGCAAUAAUGACCGAAGGAGUCAAACCCACACUAUUAGAACUUGAAAAAUUUGAAGACGUUCCUGAAGGCUUGGACAUAGAAUUAACAUUAUCCAAUAAAGACAAUUUAGCAAACAGUCAGAUCUUAUGUUCUGGUGAUAAUGUAGAAGUAUGUGCUGGAGAGUUAAUGAAUUUACAGGGAAAAGUAUUAUCUACUGAUGGUGACACAGUUUUGAUUAUGCCAAAACAUGAAAAUCUUAAUAUGCCACUAGAAUUUAUGUUUAACGAAUUGCGUAAGUAUUUUAAACAAGGUGACCAUGUAAAAGUAGUUGGAGGACGUUAUGAGGGUGAUACAGGACUCAUUGUUCGAGUAGAACAAAAUCGAGUUGUGUUAUUUUCUGAUGUCACCAUGCACGAACUUGAAGUUUUGCCUCGUGAUUUACAAUUGUGUACAGAUACGGCUUCUGGAGUUGAUUCACUUGGACAAUUCCAAUGGGGAGACCUUGUUCAAAUAGACCCACAAAGUGUUGGAGUAAUAGUGAGGAUUGAGCGUGAAAAAAUGCAAAUUUUAAAUAUGGCAGGAAAAUUGGUUGAAGCUAAACCACAAUCUUUAAAUAAAAAAAAAGAGCAUAGAAAUACAAUUGGAGUUGAUGGUUUGGGAAGUUCAAUACAAAGAAAUGAUAUUGUGAAAGUUAUUGAUGGUCCACACACGGGUCUGCAUGGUGUAAUCAAACAUUUAUAUCGCCACUUUGCUUUUUUGUAUUCCCGUUUCAUGACAGAUAAUGGUGGAAUUUUUGUUUGUCGUUUAAGACAUAUUGCCCUUGCUGGAAAUUCAAAGAACCGACAAACUAAGAUUACAACACAAAAUGGAUUUUCAUCUCCACAAUCUAUGUCUCCAUGGCGUAGUACCUUUGGUCAGUUGGGUGUUAAAGAAGGUGUAGGUAUUGGAAAAGACACUUUUGUAGGAACUGGAGGUAGAUUUGGUGGUGUUCAAAGAGAUAUAGGGUUAAUUGGUCAGACAAUUAGAAUUAUUGUUGGCCCUUACAAAGGGGAUGUUGGCAUUGUAAAAGAUGCAACAGAGUGUACAGCCAGAGUUGAACUUCAUUCUUCUUGUCAAACAAUAUCGGUGGAUCGAAGAAACAUAACAAUUGUUUUACAAAAAUCUAAGGAUGGAAGAUUAACAUCAUCGUACUCAAGAACACCAGUUAACACUUUAACAACUCCUGGAUAUCGUGAGGGAAGUUUGCCUCUUGUGCAAGGUUCAAUAACACCUAACUAUGAAGUUGGUAACCGUACACCAAACUUUGGAAGUACUACUCCAUCACACGAUGGUUCAAAAACACCCACCCACGCUUGGGACCCAGCUUCUGGGUACACUUUUGCCAGAGUAACUGAUGAAGAUUUAGAAUAUCCAUUGGGUUCUGAUACUUCUUAUGGACAGUCACCAAGUACAUUGUAUGGUUCUUCAAUUCAUUCUUACUCACCAUAUCAAGAAAUAACACCAUCUGGUUGUAACAGUACUAGUUCUUAUAUAAAUACACCAAGUCCAAUUGAUACAGAUAGCCCUCGCAGUCUACAGUUCUAUCCAACAUCAUCACCAAUUGCAGAUGGUCAUCUUAAAGACAAAAUUUCUAAAUCAUAA